AUGGCGGACUCUGGCGACGAAGCGGACUCGCGCACAGCUUCAGUGGGAGCGCAGCGCGCCCGCAAAAACCAACGACUCGCGCGAGCGCCAUCCGCAGACGGUUCACGUCCCACGAAGAAGCGGCGCCGCACCCGAUCCCGCACGUCUGGCGAUUUGGAUGAUCUUGUCCCCAAAGGCGCAUCAUUCACUGCACAUUCCUUAGAGGUCGAUCCAGAUGAGACCUCCAGCUCUGGAUCCGAUUCAGACAGCGGUUCCGACACCUCAGACUCAUCAAGCACCCACAAUGAAUCAGCCUCGGUGAACCCCCACGUUGGCAGCACCGCGCCAGCAAUCAGUUGGAAUCAAGGGAGAAAGGCUGCAGUGCGAACCACCCUCGGAAAGCGCAAAGCGGAUGCGCAGGAGUCAUCGCAGUCUUCAUCCCACCUCAACCCGAGCGCCCAGCCGCUGUCAGAAGGACAAUCACAAGCCGAUAGAUCCAAGGCAUCGAGCCCAGUGAAGGAUCAAUCCGCAAAGCAAUUCAAGGCAGUCAAUGGCACAUACUGGCGCAGUAACAGUGCUUCGGUCACAUCUGGCGAGGGGGAGGACGGGUCUGAAGAGGGCGAGGUGAACACUGGGAGCGACUCGGAUGAUUCAGAGCUGGACUCUGAGGCGGAUGACUCCCUCAUGCUCAAUAUUGGAACGAAAAGCGACGGUGCAGAUGAAUCGCAGUCAGAGUUGCGGAACGGAAAUGGGCACGCGGACCAGUCUCAAGCGGCAUCCUCGUCAGCACAAACCGAAUCCAAGGAAGCUGCAUUCAAGCGGUUUUCCGAUAAGUACCCGACGGCACCGGUGACAUUGUUAGAUUUGCACCAGGACGACAUGGAUCUCCAAGCGAAGCUCGUCUAUUGGGAUCGAGAUGUCCAUGCCAUUGACCUACAGCUUCCUGUCGGUUGCCUCGAGUGUCUACGUCACGGACAUAUGGCUGAAGUCUGUCCCAUGAAGGAGUGCGUUCAUUGCGGAGCAUGGAACAUCCACCCCAGUACACAAUGUCCCACAUGGCGGAGAUGCCAGCGUUGUCGGGAACGGGGUCAUCUCCAAGACGAUUGUCCAUCUCUCCUUAAAGGUUCCGCCGCCGAGGUACCUUGUGACUAUUGCGGCUCAACCCUCCACAUGGAAUCUGACUGUGAGCACACGUAUUGUCAGCCCACGCGGGAAGCCGCAUCCGAGCUCAUCACUGUGUCGAUCUCAUGCGCCCAUUGCACCAGUGCUAGCCAUCUCAUUGGCGACUGCCCCCACCUUCCCGUCAGCCUCCAGCAUAGAACGAGAUGUUUCACGUUGAAGGAUACCGAUCCAGCCAAAGUCACCAAUCUCAAUGCAACAGGGCCAUCUCGGAAGACAGCUCCUCCUCCGCCAAGCUACUCGCGUGGUCGCGGUCGACGCGGAGGCGGCGGCCACCCUAAUGGCGCUCGCACGCCGUCAUCAAAUAGUGAAGAAGAUAUGAUGCCCCGCAAGGGUGCUCGAAAGGGUCCCCCUGCUCCUCCUUCCCGCGGCCGAGGUCGCGGCUCAAUCAAGUUUGGGAAUAGUACCGUUUUCGAUCAGCCGCGGGGGAGACCACCUCCUCCUCCGCCUAGCCGACCUAAAGGUCCGCCUAAUCGCGGUGGCAGCAACGGCGGAGGGGGCAAUCGCGGUCGUGGUCGUGGUCGCGGAGGGCGAGCGCGAGGAGGACGAUGA